AUGAUGUAUGAUCACAGUAGACAAAUUAAUGCAACAUUAAAAAAAUGUAGCGAAAUGGAUGACAUGUGUCAUCUCUAUAAUAUGGAAUUAAUGCAGCAAAGAGAAAGAAUUGAAAAUCUUAAAAGAAAAUUACAUUCUUAUAAUAAAAAUAUCGAAGAGCAAGAAAGCAUAUUUAAAAAUGUUGUAAAAUACACGGACGGAUUUAUAAAUAACAUAAUAACCUUCUUGGAACGUUUCAGUAAUUCCAAAGAAUUGAACGUAUUGUCGAAUUGUGCAAAAUAUUGUCUCGCUGAUGAUGUGGACGAAUUAAAUUUAAUAAACAAUUUUAACAAAGUGAAUAAUAUAAGCUCCCAUAAAAAGAAGGAAAUAAAAACAACCAAAUUAGUUAACAGUAAAUAUAAAAAUGAUUACUCAAAUAAAAUCAGUAUAUAUAGUGAUGAAAAUAAAGUCAAUAAGAAAAUUCCAAAAAAGAAGAAAACAAAAAAUAAAUAUAAAAAUGAUAUGAAAAAAAAAAAUGUACAACUAAAUGAAAAUAUAUACAAUCUUCAUAAUCCAUAUGAUACAGUUGAAAUUAGAGAUCUGUAUAAUAUUUAUAGAAAGAAAAGUACGACAUCAUAUGAUAAUACAUAUAUAAAUUAG